AUGAAGCUCAGUGCCGAUACCAUACUGGGUCUCCAGAGCCAACCGGAGAACAUUCGAAAUAUCUGUAUCUUGGCCCAUGUCGACCAUGGCAAGACGUCGCUCUCAGACUCGUUGGUGGCCACCAACGGGAUCAUCUCCCAGAGAUUGGCGGGUAAAGUCCGCUACCUCGACCUGAGAGAAGAUGAGCAAUUGCGGGGGAUCACCAUGGAAAGUUCCGCCAUUUCCUUAUAUUUCAAAGUGGCUCGACGCAAAAGAGAGUCGGAAGAAGUCGAUAUCCGUGAGUAUCUCGUCAAUUUAAUCGACUCUCCGGGACACAUUGAUUUCCUGAGUGAAGUGAGUACUUCCGCCCGGUUAUGCGACGGGGCGCUUGUCCUCGUCGAUGUGGUGGAAGGGGUGUGUUCCCAAACGGUAAACGUCCUUCGUCAGUGCUGGGUGGAUAAGCUUAAACCGAUCCUUGUCCUCAAUAAGAUUGACCGGUUAAUUGUCGAGUGGAAGCUUAGUCCACAAGAAGCUUACCAACACAUGUCGCAAGUGAUCGAACAGGUUAAUUCGGUGAUUGGGUCGUUCUUUGCUGGCGACCGGUUGGCUGACGAUUUACAGUGGCGUGAACUGGGACAGACUGAAGAGUUCGUUGAACGGCUGGAUGACGACUUAUACUUCACUCCCGAAAAGAAUAAUGUGGUCUUUGCACUGGCCAUUGACGGUUGGGCGUUUAACGUCAAUACAUUUGCUCUGAUCUAUGCUGCUAAAUUGGGGUUUUCGCAUCAAGUGCUCGCCAAGACGCUUUGGGGGGACUUCUACCUCGAUAUGAAGAAUAAGAAGAUUGUGCUGGGGAAGAAGGCCAAACAGGGACAAAAGCCGCUUUUUGUCCUGCUCAUUUUGGACCAAAUAUGGGCCAUCUACGAUAGUUGUGUCAUUGAACGAGACCAAGAAAAAUUGGAAAAAAUCGUUACCAAACUCGGAACCAAGAUCAACCAACGUGAUCUUCGACUGAAGGAUCAUAAGAAUUUGCUUAACUUAAUCAUGUCCCAGUGGAUCCCGUUAUCACAUGCCAUCUUAGGUAAUGUGGUGGAAUUCUUGCCUAACCCUAUUGACGCUCAACGGGAUCGAUUUGGUGGGGUGCUUAGUGAAGCGAUGGGGGAAAACUAUGCUGAAAAGCUUGAUGCUGGUCUCGUGAAAGCCAUCGAGCUGUGUGAUGCUCUGGACCCUGAAACUCAUACUUUGGCCUACGUGCUGAAACUCUUGCUGAUCCCUGAAGAAGAGUUACCUAAGGAGAUCGGAGUGACGUUAACCCAUGAAGAGCUUAUGGAGAAGUCCCGUAAAGCUCGUGAACUCGCCAAGAAAGCCAGUGAAGCCGCCCAAGUGCAAGCACCAGUGGACGACUUCGCUGCCCCUGAAGCAACCAAAAAAGAUCCCUUUGAAUGGGAAUUUGAAGAAGAUGACUUUGAAAUUGGUGGUGGUGAUGAUGAAGUUGAUGAACCAGUUAAGGAAGUGUUGGUGGCGUUCACUCGUUUAUACCUGGGUCUGCUUAAAAAAGGACAACGCGUCACCGUUAUUGGUCCCAAAUACGACCCUGAGCUUGGCCCCGAUCACCCGCAAAAUGCUGACCAAGUGAACCACGAUGUGGAAAUUACUGACUUGUUCCUCUUUAUGGGCCGUGAACUUGUGAGAUUAAAUGAAGUGCCUGCGGGUAACAUUGUUGGUGUCCAAGGUCUUGAUCUGGCAAUCCUCAAAUCAGGUACUAUCUGUACUGGUCCUCCUCCCUAUAUCAAUUUAGCAGCAUCGCUGACGCUUAUCCACAACAAGCCAAUCAUGAAGGUCGCCGUGGAACCGGAAAACCCGAUGAAACUCGCCAAACUUGAACGCGGGCUCGAUUUGCUUACCGCAGCCGACCCGGUCUUGGAAUGGUACAUUGACGACGAUCUGGGGGAGAUCAUCGUUUGUGUGGCGGGUGAACUUCAUUUGGAACGGUGUCUCAAAGAUUUACAAGAACGGUUUGCUAAAGGGUGUGAGGUGAUGAUUAAAGAACCAGUGAUUCCGUUUAGAGAAGGGCUUGCUUCAAAGGAAGCCAAGACUGUUGAUAACGGUAAUGACGACGACGAAGAAGAAGAAGAGGAGUCCCUCCCCGGGAUCGACCUCGAGUUUGCCGUGGAACCCCUUGACUCCCUGAUUACUGAAUGGCUUAUUAACCAUGAAGCCGAGCUUAAACUGUUGACUAAACUGUCAGCACACCGGGAGUCAUUGGAAGCCCUGCUUAGGGAAGUGUUGGAUGCCGCUAAAGUUUCGUUUAAAGUUGACGAUAUCGUUGCUGCUGGUCCUCACCGUAUCGGGCCUAAUUUGUUAGUGGAACAGCUGACUACUCCUCAAUACCGUCGUCUUUUUACUAAAGGUACUGAUGAUGACCGGUUCAUCUUUGAACCUCAGGUGAUCCAAGGGUUCCAAUUAGCUACCCAGGAAGGUCCCUUGGCUCUGGAACCAAUGCAAGGUACCGUAACCUACAUCACUAAAUGCCAGCGUGAUUUGGCCGUGGGUGAAGAUGAAAUGGUACCGCUGGGGGCAGUGAUCAACUUUACGCGUCUGGCCAUUAAUGCCCAGUUCUUAGCCCACGCUCCUCGUUUACUUUUGGCGAUGUAUACUUGUGAAAUUCAAGCCACUACUGAAGUGUUGGGUAAAGUUUAUGCCGUGGUACAAAAGCGGGGCGGGCAAAUCAUCAGUGAGGAGAUGAAGGAAGGGACGCCGUUCUUUACGAUUGUGGCUCGUAUUCCAGUGAUUGAAGCGUUUGGGUUCUCUGAGGAUAUCCGUAAGAAGACGCUGGGCAGUGCUCUGCCGCAAUUGGUGUUUUAUGGGUUUGACGUGUUGGAUAUCGAUCCGUUCUGGGUUCCUCAUACUGAGGAGGAAUUGGAAGAACUUGGUGAGUUUGCCGAGCGUGAGAACGUCGCUCGUCGUUAUAUGAAUACUAUCAGACGAAGAAAGGGGUUGUUUGUCGAUGAAAAAGUGGUCCAACACGCCGAUAAGCAACGGACUAUGAGAAAGGAUUAA